UACUGGAUUUGUGGGGAAACGCACUGCGUGAAGUACUGCAAACACCACACAUAAGGAAGCCUUUACAGUGGAAUGUAUUCGUUUUUCAGGCGAAAUAAAUCGCCCUUCUCGCUCGCUGCGAAGUGACGCAGCGCCGCGAUCCAGGUGCAGUGGUGACGGUUUUAUGCGGCAACGCUGAAGGUCCCCCCAAAUUCGGGCUGGUAGCGGCGGAACCGGGGCGGGAGCGGGGCUGCGCUAUUAUGUGUCGCGGUUUACAAUGACAGCGAGGCGAAAGUCGGCGAAACUCCAGCUCAGGCGCUCCAUCAGCGAGCAGCUACGGGACAGCACAUCGAAGGCUUGGGAUUUACUGUGGAGGAACGUCCGAGAGCGGCGUCUUGCAGAAAUCGAGGCAAAGGAGGCAUGUGAUUGGCUGAGGGCAGCAGGCUUUCCCCAGUACUCCCAGCUGUAUGAGGACUCCCAGUUUCCCAUUGACAUAUCGGCGGUGAAAAAGGACCAUGACUUCCUGGACAGAGACCUUGUGGAGCCUCUCUGCCGGAGGCUGAACACCUUGAACAAGUGCGCUUCGAUGAAACUGGAUGUGAGCAUCCCCAGAAAGAAAAGCGAAGACUCCGAUGAAGAGGACCUGUUCGCCAUCAGCGACCGCUGGACGUUCGAGAGGCGGAGCCGGCGCUGGUCCCGCCUCCAGGACAUCGACGGCUUCCUGGGCGGCGGGGGCGGGGCGGGGGCGGGGCUGCGGGCGGCGGCCAGCAGCGAGAGCGUGCUGACGGACCUGAGCGAGCCGGAGGGCUCCUCGCUGCACAGCGGGAGCAGCGGCGGCCGACGGGAGAGCCCGGACUCCGCCCCCAGCCCCUCCCCCUCCGCGCCCGACCCCGCCCACCUGCUGCCGGGCGCGGGCGGCGACCCGGCGCACUACGGCUCGCUGCCGGCGAAGAGCGGGCGGCACGGGCGCGCCAAGGACUUCCUGCGCCGCAUGGAGCAGCUGCGCCCGCGCGGCCACCGGGCCGGCCACAAGGGGGCGCCGGUCAUCAGCGCGCCGGUGCUCAGGGGCCGCGAACCGGAGGCGCUGAGGACGCUGCGCUGCGUGGAGAUCGUCAACGGCAACGGGGGGGCGGAGCCCGCGCCCGCCGGGGCCCCGCCCUCCGGCUCCAGCGGCGAGGGCAGCGGCCAAUCGGAGACCAGCGGCAGCGCGGCCAGCACGCCCUGCCCGCAGGAGCGCCGGCCCCGCCCGAGCCCCGCCCAGCACCGCCGCGGGGGCGUGUACCUGGAGGACGCGCCGGGGGGCCCCGCGGGGGGGGGGCCCGCGGGGCGGGGGGGCCAGUCCACGCGCCGGAGCGAAUUCCGCUCCUACGACGACCUGGUGGUGCACGUGCCCGGCGACCACAAGCCCGGGACCUUCCCCAAAGCGCUGUCCGUGGAGAGCCUGACGCCCCUCCCCGCCGGCCGCGAGCCCCGCCCCCUCCUGGCCCAGCCGCGCCCCUGCAGGGGCAGUCGGGCCAGCGUGUACGAUAACGUCCCCGGCACGCACCUGUACGCCAGCACCGGGGACCUGCUGGACCUGGACAGGGAGGAGAUGUUCCCGCACCUGGACGACGUGCUGCAGCACGUCAGCGGGCUGCAGAGGGUGGUGGACCGCUGGUCCCGCCGCGCGCUGCCCCCGGAGGGCGGGGGGUGUAACGGCCUGCAGUCCUCCAGCCAGAUCACGCUGGACUUCGAGGGCAGGACCACGCCCAGCGACGGGGUGUCGCUCAACGACUCCGACUCCACCGGCACCCGCGAGAGGCGCGACUCCGGCGUGGGGGCGUCCCUCACCCGGCCCACGCGAAGACUGCGUUGGCCCAGUUUCAGGAUUUCCAAUCGCCUCAGCCAAUCGGGGGCCUCGCUGCAGAUCAGCAGCCAAUCGGCCGCCCAGCUCAGCCUGCUGCAGAAGUUCUCCCUUCUCCGCCUCACCGCCAUCAUGGAGAAGUACUCCAUGUCCAAUAAGCACGGCUGGACCUGGUCGGUGCCCAAGUUCAUGAAGAGGAUGAAGGUGCCAGACUACAAGGACAAGAACGUUUUCGGGGUGCCUCUGAUCGUGCACGUCCAGCGAACGGGCCAGCCCCUGCCCCUCAGCCUGCAGCAGGCCCUGCGAUUCCUCCGCAGCCAGUGUCUGGACCAGGUGGGGCUGUUCCGGAAGUCGGGGGUGAAGUCUCGGAUCCAGGCCCUGCGGCAGGCGAUCGAGAGCUCGCCAGGGGACGUGGCGUACGAGGAGCAGUCUGCGUACGACGUGGCGGACAUGGUGAAGCAGUUCUUCAGGGACCUGCCCGAGCCCCUGCUCACCAGCAAGCUGGGGGAGACCUUCCUGCACAUCUACCAAUACGUCCCUAAGGAGCAGAGGCUGCAGGCGGUACAGGCUGCCAUCAUGCUGAUGUCGGACGAGAACAGGGAGGUGCUGCAGACGCUGCUCUGCUUCCUGAGUGACGUCACUUCCUCCGUGGAGGAGAACCAGAUGACGCCCAUGAACAUCGCCGUGUGCCUGGCUCCAUCGCUCUUCCACCUCAACAUCCUGAAGAAGGACAACCUGUCGCCAAGGGCGAUGCAGAAGAAGUACUCCACUGGCCGGCCCGAUCAAAAGGACCUGAACGAGAACCUGGCUGCCACCCAGGGGCUCGCCCACAUGAUCACAGAGUGCAACCAGCUGUUCCAGAUCCCCGUGGAGGUGGUGGCCCAGUCGCGGAGCUCGUACGUGGAGGCGGAGCUGCAGGUGCCCUCCCUGGAGGAGCUCUGUAAGCAGCUGGAGGAGGAGGGCGGGUCCUGCCACGCCCACCUGGAGGGGCUGCUGCACGGCCUGCUCAGAGACGCCCGCGACCGGGGCAAGAGCUGGGUCUGCUGCCCCAGCCCACCCCACACCCAGCUCUGCUACAACAAGGUGGGCGACGGUAACCCCCUGCGGCGCUGGCGGGUGGUGGUGGAGGUGGAGGCCCCCCCCUCGGUGGUGCUGAACCGCGUGCUGAGGGAGCGCCACCUGUGGGACGUGGACCUGCUGCAGUGGAAGGUUCUGGAGACGCUGGACCGGCAGACCGAGGUGUUCCAGUACCUGCUCAGCCACAUGGCACCCCACCCCAGCCCCGACUUCCUGGUGCUGCGGUCGUGGAGGACAGACAUGCCGAAGGGGGCGUGUGCUCUGGUGUCGAUGUCAGUGGAGCAUGAGGAGGCCCUGCCCAUGGGCGGGGUUAGGGGCGUGGUCCUGGAGUCUCAGUACCUGCUGGAGCCCUGCAGCUCAGGAAGAUCCCGCCUCACACACAUCAGCAGAGUGGACCUGAAAGGCAGGGCUCCUGACUGGUACAACAAGGCCUUCGGUCACCUGUGCUCCGCUGAGGCAGCGCGCAUCCGAGACUCCUUCCACCCGCUGGACCCUGACGGGCCCGAGACCAAGAUCUGAGCCACAGCCACAACCUGAACCAGAGCCUGAACCAGAAACAGAACCAGAACCAGAAACAGAAACAGAACCGGAAACCUGAACCACAACCUGAACCAGAAACAGAACCAGAAACCAGAAACAGAAACAGAAACCUGAACCACACCCAGAACUGGAGCCACAACCACAGCCAGGGAGGCACAGGCCCGCAUCGGGGCUACGGAAGGACCAGAGUGUUCCGCUGUACGAGUCAAUCCCAUGAUGCUCUCUGCCACCACUUCACCCCUCCCCCAGCCUGCGCUCGAACCCUCCGCUAGUGCCCUCCUUAGCAACGGAAACCGUCUCAGUAGUAUUAUUAUUAAUAUUAAUAUUAUUAUUAUUAUUAUUAUUAUUAUUGUUGUUGUUUUUGUUUUUGUUGUUUUGUUUUUGUUGUUGUUGUGAUGAUCACAUUCUACGAUGUCUAGGACAUUUCUACAUUUCCAAGCUUCUGAGAAGCAUUGCCCGUGUUCCUCAUUUCAUAAAACAGUGUAUAAAUACAUAAAGUGUGUGUGUGUGCACCUCUGUGUGUAGAUAUGUGUGUAAGUACAUAUAAACUGUACAUUCUGUAAAUAUGUUUAUGUUUAAGGCUUAUUAGGCAGGUUUACCUGCGGCCCCGCUCAGUUUGGCGCCCCCUGUCAUAUCAGUGUGGUAUUACAGACAGCAGAUCGCAUGCUACACCAGCGCUGUUCCUGUCUGAAUGCUGUUCUGCUCAUUUGACUGAGCCCAUUGGCAGUGUGUGUGUGUGUGUGUGUGUGAGAGCGAGAGAAAGAGAGAGAGAGAGAGAGAGAGAGAGAAUGUGUGUGUGUGUGUGAGAGAGAGAGAGAGAGAGAGAGAGAG